AAAGAAACCCUUCACUUUUAGCAAGGGUUUUAGGCUUUAGCUUUAGGAACAUCAUAUCAAAUUUGGUCUCUCGAUCAUUUUCAUCUCACCGUAGAAACCCGCCUCGAAUUUUUCCGCUUUGUGCUACUAUUCUCGUGUUCAAGGAUGAGUAGAUCAGGCCAGCCUCCAGAUCUCAAGAAAUACAUGGACAAGAAGCUUCAAAUCAAACUGAAUGCAAACCGGAUGGUAGUUGGUACACUUCGAGGGUUUGACCAGUUUAUGAAUCUUGUGAUUGACAACACCGUGGAAGUAAACGGAAAUGAGAAUAAUGAGAUAGGCAUGGUGGUUAUCCGAGGAAACAGUGUCGUGACUGUCGAGGCGCUUGAGCCAGUGAGCAAGAACUUGUAAUCCCUGACUCUGAGUGUUAGCAAUGAUUUAUGCUUUCUUAUUGUAGACAUCAAGAUUCAAGGGCUUAAUCUGGCUAUUUCUCUUUUUAGUGCAUGUCAAAGUGUUCGAUAAUAUAUCUCGAAGCCAGCUAAUGUGUAAUUGUGCAGAAUGUAGUUGAUAUUCUGUUGCGUAUGUCGUUUGUGUGAUAUUACGUUUGUUUCAUUUCCGUUAUAAAUCUCUUGCAUAUUCCAGGUAGUGUGGUAA